ACGUUUUCCCGACGACCCCUGCGCUUACUCUCGCGCAAACAUCCGGAGCGCGAUGACGUCAUGGACGUCCCUCUUACGCAAUCAGGCGGCGAGGCUGUAGGGUAGAGCCUAGGAACCUGAGACCUUUUCCGGGCUGUCUGUUCGUUCAAGGCAGAACUAGAAAGGAGCAGGACCUACGGCCAAACCAAAUGCCUUCUUCUACUUCAUCAGACCAAGGAGAUGAUCAGGAGGCCUGUGUGUUAACAUUUUCUGACUUGGAUUUAAAGGAUACAAAUCUUGAUAAUCCUAGCAUCAGUCUCAAAGCAGAGUUAGAUGGCAUUACAAAGAAGAAAUACUCAUUUGCAAAGAAAAAGGCCUUCGCCCUUUUCGUCAAAACCAAACAAGUUCUAGCCCCACCUUUUGAGUGUAAAGAGAAAUGGUGGAAAUGCUGUCAGCAGCUAUUCGUGGACCCAGUCGGCAUCCACAGACAUGUGGCAACACAACACACUGAUGAAAUUUAUCAUCAGACUGCUUCUAUUUUAAAGCAGAUGGCUGUGACAUUGAGUACCUCAAAGAAUUUUAGGCCUGCAGAUAGGAAGAACCCUUUCAAAGAGCACCUAACUCGUAGCGAUGAAGUGUCUGCUUGGCUUCCUGAUAUAAGCUGCUUUAGUCCUGAUAUGCUAAUAAGUGACCACAACUGUGAGGAAGGAGAGGUGUUGCUUUAUUACUGCUACCGUGACCUGGAGGAUCCCCACUGGGUCUGUGCGUGGCAGACAGCUUUGUGUGAGCACCUGCAUCUCACAGGCAAGGUUCGAAUCGCUAAUGAAGGGAUCAAUGGGACAGUUGGUGGGAGCAAAUUGGCCACCAGACUCUAUGUGGAAGUCAUGCUUUCUUGCCCAUUAUUUAAGGAUUGUCUGUGUAAGGAUGAUUUUAAGACCAGCAAAGGAGGUGCUCACUGUUUUCCGGAACUGCGUGUUGGUGUAUUUGAAGAAAUCGUACCCAUGGGGAUCAGCCCCAGUGAGAUCUCCUACAAGAAGUCUGGAAUCCAUUUAACCCCAGGUGAAUUUCAUAAAGAAGUAGAAAAUUUGUUAUCUCAGGCAGGCCAAGAACAAAGUGAUACUAUCCUACUGGAUUGCAGAAACUUCUAUGAAAGCAAAAUAGGACGAUUCCAGGGCUGUUUAGCCCCAGACAUCAGGAAAUUCAGUUAUUUCCCUAGCUAUGUUGACAAAAAUCUAGAGCUUUUCAGAGAGAAGAGAGUGCUGAUGUACUGCACCGGAGGCAUCCGCUGUGAGCGCGGUUCAGCCUACCUCAAAGCCAAGGGAGUGUGUAAGGAAGUGUUCCAGCUCAAGGGUGGUAUCCACAAGUACUUGGAAGAAUUUCCUGAUGGCUUUUACAAGGGGAAGUUGUUCGUUUUUGAUGAGCGUUACGCUCUGUCCUACAACAGUAAUGUGGUAUCAGCAUGUUCAUACUGUGGAGCCCAGUGGGACCAGUAUAAACUCUGUUCUACUCCCCAAUGUCGCCAGCUCGUUUUGACCUGCCCUGCCUGUCAGGGACAAGGAUCCACAGCCUGUUGUGUCACAUGCCAAGACAAAGGAAGCAAGCAGGCUUCGGGUCCUACGCAGGACAGCUUUAAAGAGGAAUGUGAGUGCACAGCUCGGCGACCACGCAUCCCGAAGGAACUCUUGAAGCACACACAACUCCCUGUAAACCCAGAGCCAGGGUCCACUGUUGGUGAGGGUGGACCUUUGCUUGUGUAAGUGGCACAGUUGGUAUUCCCUAGCCUCCAUAAAGACUUGGGGCAGCUGUGCGUAGGUGGUCAAGGACAAAGAAACAAAUUCAGCUUCGGUGCGGUCAGUACUGUCAUGGUAGACUGGUCACCAUGUUGGCCCCCUGUGUGUUACCAAGAUGGGAAAGGAUGUUGAAGGUGCUAGAGUGGGGAAAGGGCAGGCUGCAUGGGACCCCAAAGCUGUUAAGGGACAGAGCCUUGAGCCUGGUGACUGUGUGGUACCUAUUUUCUGCCAUGCAGUAGGGGAGUUAGUAGUCACUGACCGUGUUAGUAGACAUGUCCAUCCUGGUGGCAAAAGUGUAAAAAGUGUGGCUGCAUCUAAGUCAUCUGCCGUGUUCCUCUGAUCCCAGAGGGUCUGUAAACUGGCUUUUAACCCUCUUCCUGCUUGUGUAAAGUUUCUUGGAACAACAGUCUCACCCAUUCCUUUAUGGGUGAUGUAUGGCACAAUGUAGUACUGGCAACAAAAAACGUAAGACCCACAAAGUCUAAAAUAGUUUCAGUCUGGCCCUUGACGAAAAGUUUGCCAACCCCAGUCUAGACCUAUAGUUCAUCUGAUGGAGAUCGCUUUAGAGAUACAGUCCACCUUAUUUCUUAAUAAUUUUGUUUGUGUGACACAUUUCUUUCUAGUAGCCCUGCUUCUCCCCAGCACAUACUAUUGGCUUCUCUGUGUUGGCUCUGAGACAUUUAGAUAAGCUCCAUGGCAUUUGAGCAGCAAUUUUUUUAGAUCAGCACUUGGAACACAAGACACUUCCUUAGUAUGGUCAUUCAGCACUGCCAUAGUGGCUGCCCAGCCUUCUGGCCAGCAUGUGGGCACAUGUUUGUGUCACACUGGACCCAAGAAACAUAUACACAGCCACACAUAGACCAACAGAUUUAAUAUCAUGUCGCAGUUUCCAGUGAUGCAGAAUGCAGCUGCAAUUGUGUUUCAAGGAGAAGCCAAGUGGGGAUGGCCACCCUGCAGUGUGAUGCCACUUCUGGACCCAUUUGCAGCCUCAGUAGACCGUCUUCAUGGUGGUGAGGCCCUGGCUCCACCUUUCUUCCCAAGUACUGUCUACAUCAUCAGAGUUGAGUGUGCAAGACUUGCCUUGUUCAUCAGGAGCCUCACAGUCUGUGCUCAUCCACUCUUUGGCCUUGUCUCUUACCAUCAGGUCGAAUCCCACAAAGCAGCAAACAGAAACACUAGUUAAACUGGCACUGUGGUAUAUUUAAAGGCACAAGGGCAGUGUGGCUUGACAGUUUUGCUGGCUCCCAAAUGAUAUGUAUGGUGUCACAGAGGGAUCCAGUAGAAAUACCAGAAUUACAUUUUUAGAAUGCUCUUUAGGUAGUUUCACCAGGAUUUCCUAAUCUCUCAAAACCUAGAUUUUCUGCAUUAUUGUCCCUUAGACACUCAUUUGCAGCCCUAAGAUCAGCAAUGAUUUGUCUAGUAAGUGAUGAGACAGGUCAUUGAAGUCUGUAAACUUGGCCGUGCCAAACACCGCAGCCACAAUGGACUGGAAACUCACCCUGCUAGUUUGGCUCAAAGAAGCCGUUUCCCCACUGUGCAGCAGGUAUUUGACCGUAAAUUUUCACAUCCAUUCAUUUAGGACACUGUUCUUCCUGACUCCGGUGUUCAACUGUAAUUACAUCACAGAUGUGCAUAAAGGACACGGAGGAGCAUGUUUGUUGUCUAGGUGAUUUUUGAAUCUUGAAAUUCCAUGGUUGCCCUUUACUACCGUUUUUCUCAUGUCCAGCGAAAGGACUCUUGUUUUUAGAUUUCUGAUAGACUCUGACUUCAGUCUGUCUUUCUUGGGGGUAAAACUGUGUUUUUGAUCCAGCAAUUGGACUGGCAGCUUUAAUCUUGAGGUUAUUAAAAUUUGAAGGACAGUAAGUAAAUAUUAUCUGUUCUUUCUUGCAAAAAAAGCUAAGAUCAAAUUUGUAAUAAAGUAUUUUAUAAUACUUCCAAAA